ACCGCCUGGCCGUGCACGACCUGCGCGGCGCGUGGACCAAGCUCAACAGGGACGUCGCCUUCGCGCUCAUCGACACCUACAUCAAGACACAGCAACUGAAAAAGAAUCUAUCAACGAAGGCGUUGAAAGAAGAGGACAAGUCGUCCACGUCACCUAAACACCAACGCGAAAGUGACGUUGUGUCACCUCCCCCCACGACUGCACAGACUGGUAGUGGAGGGGGUGGCGGUGCCUGCGCAGAGGGGAUGCUUGCCGCGCUGGUGGCGGAGGCGGGCGAGGCGGGGGGCGAGGCGCCCGUCGUGUUCAGCGACGAGCUGGCGGGCGCCGAGGGGGACGCGCCCCACCAGCGACACGUGCUCGACGACGACGACGCGCACACCGCCUGUCUCGUGGAGCUGGUGAACUCGCAAGUGGUGCUGAAGGGGUGCGAGACGCGCGGGUACGUGAUCCUGUGUGCCGCACGCGCGGAGGUGCGGCAGCGGGUGCGGCGCUCGCCCGCCGCCACCUCCUGGAGCGGCGCACUGUCCGCCAUGCAGUACUACGCGACCGUCAGCGCGGCCGACCGGGACCAACUGGACGAGAACAUCCAGUGGGUGUCGGUGGAGGAGAUAGAGGAGCGCUGGAGCGGCGCCGAGAUCAGCACGCUGCCCGACGUGCCGCGCCUCGUGGGCAGCGGGCACUCGGCCGGCGGGGUCAUCGGCUGCACCGUGGGCCCUUCGGACACCGGCCUGGCGCAGCUGCAACGGAUAGUAUCGCGUUGUGCGUGCGAGUUCCACUACGUGUCGCAGGAGAGCGAGGACGGUGGCGGCGCUGGUGCGGGUUGGGCCUCCGCCCCCGAGCCCUACGACUCUUUCACACUGAUGCACCACGAUCUUGACGUGUGCACCAACUCGCUCCAGUACGCGAUGUUGCUGGACGUGAUCAAUAACGUCGUGUUGCACGUGGAGCCGGAGCGGAGACGAGCGCUGGAGCGACGCGCACGCAUGCGGUUCCAGCUGCAGCUGCACCGCGACACCGACCCGCGGCACCUGGUGCACAAGCUGCAGACACAGGUUAGAGAAUCGCUUGCGAGGUUGCGCCGCUUGGAAAAGGAAUAUUAUCUGAAGAAUAGAUCUAUCACGGGUAAUGAUCCCGUCGCAUUAGCGGAGCUGAAGAGUCUCGAUGAUCAAGUGAACGAGUGCAAGGAGGCGGCGUGGUCGCUGGGCUCGGAGCUGGACGCCAUGGUGAGCGCGUGGCGCGGGGGCGGGCCCGACGCGGCGGCCGGCCCGCGCGCGCCGGCCGCGCGGCCGCACCGCUACAACGAGAUCUGCUUCAAGUCGGCGCGCUGGCGGCUCACGGACGCCGACGGCCAGCUCGGCAUCGCCGACCUGCUGCUCACCAACUUCCUGUACACGAAGACAUCGCGGUCAGAUGACUCUGUGGAGCAUCAGCUCGAAGUCGGUUACGUGCGCGUCACGAACCUGCUGCCCAACGAGCCCUUCCCAGAGGUGCUGGUUCCGCAGGCGGCGUCAGGUCGCGCGCCGCUGGCUCGCCGCGCGGCCUUGCGUGUGUUCUGUCGCGACCGACCGCCCGUCGGGGGCAUCGCGGUCAAGGAGCACUUCGAGGUCAACAUCGUGCCCAUCAAAAUAGGUCUAACAAAGAAAUUCUUCAACACAAUGCUCAAGUUCUGCUUCCCGGAGCGCGACCCAGACGCGAUGGAAGAUGGCGAAGAUGAAGGAGGAGAGGGUGGGACUACGGGGAGUGGAGGCGGCCGCGCUAGCACAACGCUCAGCAGCAAGAAGUCGAGGAAGAAGAAUAAGGACUCUAACUCUAACUUCUAUGUGAAGAGAGAUAAAAAGGACAAGGAUGAUGUUGAGAAAAUGAAGGAACGCGCCGAGAAAAACAAAUUAUUCAUCUACAUAAAGAUCCCUGAGGUACCCGUGCGUGUCUCGUACAAGGGUAACAAGGAGAAAAAUUUGGAAGACGUGCGGGACCUGCCGUUGGUCCUACCCACUCUGGAGUACCACAAUGUCACCUGGACCUGGCUUGAUCUACUGCUCGCCACCAAGAACGACACCAGAAGGGUCCUGGUGUCGCAGGCUAUCAGACAGAAGCUGCAACUUCACCGUCGCGCCGCGGCCGCACCUGAACCGCUCGAGGAGGACAAGGCGCGUCUGUUACUCGGCGACCGUACGGUGCCAGAGAACAAGCCUCAGAAGAAGAGUGCUCCGAGCGUGUUCAAGUUCUCCAAGUCAUAGCAGGCCACGUGUGGAGUGCGAUUAUCUGUAUACGGGGGACACGCAAGUGAAAACCGCUCGAAUGGAUUCGUAUUGAAAGUCUUAGUAAAAAUACAGAAAAUAAUAUUAGUAGACUUAGUUUUUCGUUUAUGUUACCUCAUAUUAAUGAUCCUUAGAAAAAUGUUUUGAAUGCGUGGUUUUAAUAUAAGGAGAAAUAUUUUUAUAUGUUAUUUAAGAAGGUCGAGACGGACAAAAUGUAAGCGUAUCAAAGACUUGUUAACUUGUAUUUAUUGUAAUAAGUAUAUUCCUAUUAGUUUGAUAGUUCAAUAUUGGAUUUAUUUAUGCAUAAUUAUAUUAUCCGAGAUUAGCGCAAAUAGUAAAUAUGCCUCGAAUGUUUUGCUGUUGAAUCCUGCAAUCUUCGAUUGUCAAAUAUUUUCAGGUUUUACACCGAGCCCUACCCCGAAUGAGGUUUUUGCGACCGAAUCUAAGGAGUGUAGUGCACGUGACAUGCAAUAGGGGGAGGCCAAAACUCUCCAGUCGGAUGCCACAUCUAAAAUUUCUAAAACUCAUUAAAUAUUAUUUAUAUGAUAGGAGGACAAAUGAGUGUCCAAUGUAAGUGAUCACCGCCCAUGCUCUAUUGCAAAAGGAAUUUCAAAAGCAUUGCAAGCAUUUUUACACGUUUUUUAUUAGCUUCACCUGUAUGUAUGUAUGUUUGUUUGUAACAGACUCAUUUGGGUGCGCUUUUGACCCGAUUGAGGACCUAUGACAAUACAUUAAUUUAAAAAUAUCAUUCAUUCAUUUUGCAUUUUGCAAAAUAAGAUUUUUGUUUCUACAUAUUUUUUUUCAUCUAUCGUCGAUAAGUAGGAAUUGAUGUUCUGUUUAAAUUUCAGUGUUUAGCCUCGAUGUUAUAUUUUCAAAAAUCAAAAGUUGCUUCGUGUAUUUUAUCUGUGGUGGGCCAAAGAUAAUAUACAUGUGUUCCACGGUUAUGCCACAUGAAGGGGAAGUACCUUAAAUAUUGUAUAUGUACAAUUUGACUGAAAGAAGACUUUACUUUAAUAAUUGACUGCCUUCAUCGAUUUUUAAAUAAUUUCCAUUAUAAUGCCAGUUUUGUAUUCUUACGGAUUGCCGUAAGCUGACAUUGGUCAGCUUUUCAUUUUGUGAACAAAAUUUUACAUCAAAUGUUAAAAUUAAUUGUGUUACUUUUAUUUCUGAUGCUAUAUUAUAUAGCUUAUAACAAGACUUAUGAUGAAGCCUUUCGAUCCCUGUAGCUUUAUCAUAUAAAGCUGUUUGUUAAGGGUGUUUUUUUUACACAUGUAGCGGGUUGAUCUCCCUUUUCAAUGAGGCAAUUUUUAAUAGGGCAAAUAUUAUUAAAAAUCUAUGAAUGCAGUUUAAAUUAUUUUUUUAAUUUUAAAAAACUUCUUCUUCAUUUUAAAAGUCUUCUCAUAGUAAAAUGUAACAUCUACAAUAUUUAAGGUACUUCCCCUCAUGUGGUAUACCAGUGGGUCCACCUGUAUUCGGAUGAAUGUUUUUUUUGUCACCACAUAUUCCGACCAAGUUGAAUCUGGAAUUAAUUUUGGAAACUACAUACUUGCGGCUACUAAUUUGCAAUACUCUCGCUUUGUUAUUAAUAUACGCGAACUAAAGUUAUUCCAAGCUUAAAACUUUUUGUCUUUAUCUUACCUUUGUCACUACAGAAAUACAUGACAGGGAGACGUAAUUUUAAACUUGGAGUAACUCUACAUUGCGUUUAUUAUUUAGACAGCCAAGUUCGACUGAGCAUAAUUUAAUAACGGCCGAUUGCAAUAACGUAUCUCUAGUUACGGAUACAUUGCUGUCACCGUUUAAUGACAAGAUCUUAUCUAUCCAUAGUUAUUGCCAGUAUAGUUAUAGUCCAAUGCUUUAUGUCGAUAGGUUAUUGAAAUGUAAGUAAGCGUAAAAGGACAGAUUUGUCUACCUCUAGUAAGUUAAACUAAGGAUAGAUAGGUAUAUUGAAAACGGCCGUAAACCGAUGAUAUUUAUUGGUUUGAAAUAAGUAUUGUUAUAUGGUAUUAAAUGUAGUACUUAAUGUCUAUUUUUGGUAAUAGCAACAUAAAAACAUUAUUUUAUACUUAUUAAACAAAUCCACUUACUCAAAUCCACAAUCAUAAUAAUUAAUAUAUCAACUUAUUAUAUUAUGUUUUUACAAUGGAAGAGCGGGGCCUCCUACUACAGGCAACUCUUUGCUUUAAAGGAGACCCCAACACUAAUUGUAUUUUGUUGUAAUAAAUAAAUAUUUGUAUUUGUAUUUUGUAUCUUGAUAUAUCAUAAAUUGUUUCAUGUUUCUAAUUAACAUAAUUUACUUCUGAAAUUCGCCAAUAUAUAGUAAACAAUUGCAUUGAUCUGAAUUUAAACUUGUCAGUAUAUUAUUGUCUUAUAAAAUAAUUAAGGUUAUUUAAAACCCUAUAAGAAUUUGCUGCUGUUAUCAAAAGUAAAUCUUUUAUUAGUUAAAAAUCAAUAUAUCCAAUGAUGUUAAAAUCUAGAAAUGUUAUGACAAAACGUGAUAGUGAGGCACGACUUUGUGAGUUCAAGUUUUGUAAGACCAUUAGUAUUUAUACUUUAUAUUGUUGUGAUCAUUGUGGCUAAUGAAUAUAUUAUUAUUAUGAAUCUA